AUAAAUAAGAGAUGGUGCUAAAUUCGUGGUGUUCGUAUUGAUGUUUUGCGGUAAAAUCAUCACUUUCGAUUGGUGGCUUACAUUUUGUAUUGGUAAAAGCCAUGGAAGGGAUUCCGUUUGUAUUUUCGCAAGGCGCGCAAUUUCUACAGCCACUUUCAUAAACGAUGACGGUUUCGUAAAGUUCACGUGCCUAUAUAGUUCGUGCAAAACAUCCAUUUCAAGCUACAAAAACAUUUUUCAUCAUGAACGAAAACUAUCGUCCCCCUUGGCAAAAAUCGUCAACAAACUCAACAGAAAAUGAUUAUCAACGUGAUGAUAUGCCAAACCCUUUCGUACAUCACCUAGAAUUAGAAACAACUGGUGAAAAAAUAAAGACGGCCUUCUUAACGAUAGUUCUUCUACCGAUUCGGGUAGCUGUGAUCUGCUUCUUUUUAGUACUCGGUUGGAUGAUUGCUUGUGUGGCACUUUGGGGCAUUUCAGAAGAGGAAUUACAAAAGAAACCAAUCACUGGAUGGCGACGGAAAACAACACAAAUUUUGUGUUGGUUGGGACGCGCAACUUUCCAAGCUGGUGGGAUGCAAAUAGCCAUCAAAGGCAAACAGGCUUCAAGACAGGAAGCGCCAAUAUUAGUAAUUGCGCCCCAUUCGACGUUUCUCGAUGGAGGAAUCGUUUAUUUUACAGGUUUCCCGUCGCUCAUUGUACGUAGAGAAAGCGGAAAUAACCCAUACAUAGGAAAAUUGAUCAAUUUUACACAACCCGUUUAUGUAUGGAGAGACGACCCUAAUUCACGUCAAAACAGCAUAAAGGAGAUUAUCUCUCGCACAAAAUCGGAUUUAGAUUGGCCCCAAAUCUUAAUUUUCCCGGAAGGAACUUGUACUAAUCGGUCGUGUUUGAUCACGUUUAAACCUGGUGCUUUUUAUCCCGGUGUUCCAGUUCAACCAGUUUGUAUUAGAUACCCAAAUAAAUUGGAUACUGUUACUUGGACGUGGGAAGGUCCUAGUGCGUAAGUUAACUAUUUAUAAUUCUUUUCUU